CGUCCGGUUGUAGUUAGGGUGGUUAACCGGAUCCAGCAGAUCGAAGACGACCAAGGUGAGAGACAUGGCGCGGGUGCCGAAUCGGGUCAAGAUUCCGGUGGUCCUGGUUGUCGUCGCGCUGUUUGUGGGCGUCCAGAUCUACAUUGUGUCCCAGCUGGAUAUCUCCUCUGUCACAGACCGGUCUUUCGAGACCUUUUCCAGAUCUCGGCGACUCAAACCGUCGCCGCCUGCAACACCCAUCGCACCAACACGGAACCACAACAUGGCGCGGCGGCGAAAGUUCAUUCCGAUUCCGCAUCAAGACCUGAACGCGACACAAAUUUCUCGACAGGACGCCAUUCGACGCGCCAUGCAACACGCCUGGACAGGCUACGAAACCCGUGCCUUUGGAGCGGACGAAGUUGCUCCAGUGUCUGGACUGCCGCGACCGAACGUAUGGGGCGGUAUCGGAGUUACUCUUGUGGACUCUUUGGACACGUUGUACAUCAUGGGCAUGCAGGACGAAUUUGAACGUUGCCGAUACUGGGUUGCCAACGAGCUGGACUUUUCCCACUUGGGCCAGGACGGCACCAUGAUUAGCGUGUUCGAAGUGAUCAUUCGUGAGCUUGGUGGGCUCCUCAGCGCAUACGAUCUGUCGCAAGAUGACGUGUUCAAGCACCGCGCAGUCGAGUUGGCCGAUUUACUCUUGCCAGCCUUUGACGACCAAGUGUUUUACACGAAAUUCAACGUCUUUACACAGCGCAGGACGAUGAACCACUGGACGCGGUACCGCGCAUUCUUGGCAGACGUCGGCACGCUCCAGCUCGAGAUGCGCUACUUGACUGACGUCACAGGCAACGCAGAGUACGCCGAGAAGGGCGACGCGUUCUACGACGUGAUCCAGCGAGAGGGGUCGUACAAACGGACGGGGCUUUUUCCCGUCCACUUUGAGCCCGACUCGGGGACGUUUUCCCGCUCCGACACGUUUGUGACCAUUGGAGCGCUUGGUGAUUCGUUCUAUGAGUACUUGCUCAAGGUGUGGCUGUACAGCGGUAAGCGAAGCGAGGACGAGUUCCUGCGCAGGUUGUAUGACGAUGCCGUCGAUGGCAUGGAGAAGCACUUGUUUGUGCACUCGUUGCCGGACGAUGCGUACUUUUUGCAAGAGCUACGUAUUCCUCAAAUGGAGGGCACUCCCCAGCAAGACCACUUGCUUUGCUUCGUGCCAGGCAUGCUCGCCUUGGGCACGGUUGGCGAGACCGAUGCACACAAAGUGGACAAGCACUUGGACAUGGCCAAGAAGCUCAUGCACACGUGUGUGUCGUACUACACGAGGCAACCCACGGGCCUCGCGCCUGACUUGGUCCACUUCCCCGGCUUCGACGUGCAAAACUCCAUCUAUAAACUUCGCCCGGAGACCGUCGAGAGCCUCAUGUACUUGUUCCGAAUCACACAGGAUCCGAUCUACCGGGAGUGGGGCUGGACCAUCUUUGAGUCGCUGGAACAGCAUGCCAAGACCACGUACGGGUACGGCGCUGUCCGCAACGUCCACGAUCUCAGCGUGUCGUACGUUGAAGACAAGAUGGAGAGCUUCUUCCUCGCCGAGACGCUCAAGUAUCACUACCUCCUCCAAAGCGCGCCGUCGUUCCUUCCGCUCGACCAGUUUGUGUUCAACACGGAAGCGCAUCCGUUCCGGAUUGCCACGGUGUGAAUCGCCGUAUUCCAGUUGAACCAAUCAAAACAGGUGGCAUUUCAAAAAGGUGAAUUUAUUUUCGGCAACACGACGUGUGGUUGCUAGCGGGAUCGCCGUAGCGCGCGGGGAAUGCAAUGAACAACGAUGAGGCACCACAUACAUGCCCUCUUCCCGUU